AUGGCUCCCCCCGCUGCAAUCUCCCCCGUCCGCGACUACGCCGUCCCCGUGAUGGCCAAUAAGUCCAAGCCCUCUACCCCCGUCCCCACCAUGGCUGCCAACGCUUCUACCAAGGUGGAGGACAUGUUUGGCAAGUGGGACUCUUUCAAGUUUGCUCCCAUCCGCGAGUCUCAGGUCUCGCGCGCCAUGACGCGCCGCUACUUCUCCGACCUCGAUACCUACGCCGAAUCCGACGUCGUCAUCGUCGGCGCCGGGUCUUGCGGCCUCUCCACGGCCUACGUCCUCGCCAAAGCCCGUCCGGACCUCAAGAUCGCCAUCGUUGAGGCCGGCGUCGCGCCCGGUGGUGGUGCGUGGCUGGGCGGACAGCUGUUCUCCGCCAUGGUGAUGCGCAAGCCUGCCGAAGUCUUUCUGGACGAGGUCGGUGUGCCGUACGAGGAUGAGGGCGACUUUGUCGUCGUCAAGCACGCCGCGCUGUUCACGUCUACCGUCAUGAGCAAGGUGCUACAGUUUUCCAACGUCAAGCUCUUCAACGCCACCACGGUCGAGGACCUGAUUACCCGCAAGAACGAGGACGGUAGUCUGCGGGUCGCGGGUGUCGUUACCAACUGGACUCUUGUCUCGAUGCACCACGACGACCAGUCCUGCAUGGACCCCAACACCAUCAACGCGCCGCUCGUGGUGUCGACUACCGGCCACGACGGUCCGUUUGGUGCGUUCUGCGUCAAGAGGCUUGUGAGCAUGAAACAGAUUGAGCAGCUUGGCGGCAUGCGCGGGCUGGAUAUGCAAAGUGCCGAGGACGCGAUCGUCAAAGGGACGAGGGAGAUUGUGCCGGGGUUGAUUGUGGGCGGAAUGGAGUUGAGUGAGGUUGACGGCGCCAACCGCAUGGGUCCAACUUUCGGUGCCAUGGCUCUCUCUGGAGUCAAAGCUGCUGAGGAGGCUCUUGCCAUCAUCGAUGCCCGCAAGAAGCAAAACGAGCUCUAG